ACAGAAGAGAGAGUGUGGCGUGGAGCAGAGAGAAGGGAGGCCUACUAGAGAAGAUGAACGGCACCCUUUGACUCAGAGUCUAUCAGCAGCCAGGAGGGACUAUGUUGACUCUACCAUACGAAGAAGCAGAUAUGACGUGCGAACCCCGGUUUGGCAGCAACUAUCCCCGGGGGAGUUUACCAGACCUGGAGCGAGACCCGAGACACAUCCUGAAUGUCACGUCCAACCAGGUGAGAGAGGGAGAGGUGGAGAGCAUGUCAGAAAAAGAGGGUGAGGAGGAGGAGGAGGAGGAGGAGAGGGAGGACGACAACCAGCAAGAUGAUAACGGGCUCCCCAGAAAGAGAGGACAAAGAAAAAAGAAGGUUCUUAAAGGAAGACUGGAGAGGGUUAAGGUACGUCGACACGAGGCUAACGCCCGAGAACGCAGCCGAAUGCACGGGCUGAACGAUGCCUUGGAGAGCCUGCGGAAGGUGGUCCCCUGCUACUCCAAGACACAGAAACUGUCCAAGAUAGAGACCCUCCGUCUGGCCAAGAACUACAUCUGGGCCCUGUCUGAGACCCUGUCUGCAGGGAAGAAGCCCGACCUGCUGGGGUUCGUCCAGACGCUGUGCAAAGGCCUGUCCCAGCCCACCACCAACCUGGUGGCCGGAUGUCUGCAGCUCAACGCUCGCUCCUUCCUCGCCGACCACAAUGGAGAGGUGUCGUACCCCAGCAGGACCAAUUACGACAACAUGUACCCCUAUCCAGGCGCAGAGCUGGGUACGCCCCCAGGACACGGCUGCAGGGUGACGGACAGUGCCAAGCCCUCCUACCACAACCGGCACUACAGCUACGGUGGCCCGUAUGACCCACACUACAACCACACCUCUCCUGAGGAUGGCCGGGGAGUGGACCACCUCGAUGCACAGAUAAGUCCUCCUCUGAACUUUAACGGGAUCUUCUCGGUGAAACAUGACGACCCGGCGGAGUACAGGAAGAGCUUCGGCAUGAUGAGGUACAGUUCUCUGCCCAGCCGCAGCUCAAUCAGCCAGGCCUCCAUGUGCCGGGUGUCGCCGGAGGACCGGUUCCCCUAUGACUUACACCUCCGGCCCAGCGGGCCGACCUUCCCAGCAGGGACUCAGCAGGAAGAGCUCAAUGGAGCCUUCCUUAAUUAAUUGGGCUGUUAGGAGGCUGCUGUUCCUCGGUUACUAUUCAUUUAAACAGAUUCCAUGGAGGAAUCACACUUUCAACGCAAGUGUUGAAAUCACACUAAUUCCUUUGUUCAUAUUCAUG